AUGCAAAUAUCAAAGAAAAAAGCCGUUGACGAACCUAUGGAUGUAGAUGAGACUCCGUCUCGUGAAAACAGAGAAAACCGUAACAACGAUGAUGAAAUAGAUCAUAUAUCUGAUGAUGAGGAAGGGGGUGUGCGUAUAGGUGAUAUUUACAUACCCCCCGCUCCCAGACCGGCUCUUACUUUCGAUUCUACCGGACCAAGGCUUAUCAUAACACACAUUCUAAACGAAAACUUUAAAAGUUAUGCGGGUGUGCAAAAACUUGGCCCUUUUCACAAGAGUUUCACAGCUAUCAUAGGACCAAAUGGAAGUGGAAAAAGCAAUGUUAUAGAUUCUAUGCUUUUUGUGUUUGGUUAUCGAGCCAGCAAGAUAAGAUCUAAGAAGAUAUCAGUACUGCUACAUUCAUCAAGCAAAUUUCCGAAUGUGAAUAGUGCUACAGUAUCUGUGCAUUUUUGCCAGAUCAUUGAUGGGGAAAUAGCCAAAUUGCUCAAGGGUAAUAAGAAAGCGUCCUUCCACUUGGCAGGAAAUACUCCUGAAGAAAGAAAAAAUAAGAAUGAACAGGAGUAA